AGGUCUUAUUCACAGCUCUUAUCGGACCGUUUCUGCUGUUAUGUCGUUUCUAAAGACCCUUGUUGGUAAGCCAUUGCCAAAGUCGAUGAUCAAAGAAUACAUAACAACGGUUAAUUGGCAGGUUGACGAGCUCUUUAAGCAGGUGCAUUCACCUCGUUGUGACUGUAUCAACGAUGAAACCAUUGAUAAGUUGUUGAAGCUGAGCGGACUGUCCUACCCGAAGGACCAAUACCCGAAGCUAAUCGAGUCGUUGAAGGAGCAAGUGAGAUUUAUAGACAGACUGCAUGCCGUAGACGUUGAAGUUGAGGACAGUAUCAAUGCGAAUCUUUACGAGAGAUUAACACUUGAAGGGUUGAAAUCCUCUAUAGAAUCACAACAGCAGGACCCUUCAAAGGGAGAAACGCUGCAAUCUUGGGACCCAAUGUCAUUGCCAACAGAGAGCCAGAACGGUAACUACAUAGUUAAGGAGGGUUUACUCAAAGAGUAGGCAGCCACCCCCUCCUCUUCCGUCUAGUACAUCCCGUACAUAACUUUGAUGUCAAUUAACUAAUUACACAUCCUCCUAUACUCA